AUGCCGUCCUUGGGCUGUGCCCCGCAGGGGACAGCCGUGGCUAGCUCAGCCCUGGGAGCCAUCCUCGCUGUGCUGGCCUCGCUCAUCAUCGCUGCCAACACGCUGGUGGCCAUCGCUCUCCUUCGCCUCAUCCAGAAGACCGGCUCCAAGGGGCUCUAUUUUGUCCUUAAUCUCGCUGUUGCAGAUGCCAUUGUUGGCUUCACGGUUAUGGGUCUGGUCAUGGAUGAGUUUUCCCAGCCCUUUUGUCCUCCCCAGAUCUUCUGCGUCCUGAGAAUGGCUUUCGUGACCUCCUCUUCUGCUGCCUCUAUCCUAUCCCUCAUUCUGGUUGCGUGCGACAGGCACCUAGCAGUCAGGAAGCCUUUCCACUAUUUCCAGCUGGUGACAGGCCUGCGGGUCGGGGUGCGCUUGGUGGGGCUCUGGCUGGUUGCUGCCAUCAUCGGCUUCUUCCCAGUCCUCACCCCGGACUUUCAGAACGUCUCCACCGAUGACAAGUGCUCCUUCUUCGGGGUCUUCCAUCCCUCCUACAUGCUCACCGUCUUCUGCAUCGGCUUUUUUCCAGCGCUCUCUCUCUUCAUUUACAUGCUGAAGAUCGCCUCGGUGCACGUGCAGCACAUCCAAGAAGUGGAGCACGCAGGGCUGGUGGGCGGCUGCCCCCCGUCCCGCACCACCAGCGACAUGAAGGCCAUGCGUACCGUCGCCGUGCUCAUCGGGUGCUUCGCGCUGUCCUGGUUGCCGUUCUUCAUCGCCAGCAUCGUGCAAACCAUCUGUCUGGAAUGCUUCCCCUACAGAGUCAUUGAGAACUACCUCUGGCUGCUGGGACUGUGCAACUCCCUCCUGAACCCCCUGCUCUACUCCUACCGGCAGAAGGACGUGCGGCUGCAGCUCUCCCAGCUGGCCGCCGGAGGGAAAAGGGAUGGGACCCGCCGCCGCUUGCCUGGCAGAGGCACCAAGUCCCUCCCCACCGUGUCCUGCCUGCGGCUCCAGGACUGA